UCUUGUCUGUCAAGGAUCGUGCAGAAGUUCAUGCAUGAGGUCAUUUUGGUAGUUUUGCUCAAGUAAAGAGCCAGUCUGCAUAUAGAUUAGUACUAAUAAAUUUUAUCCCAACAGUACUCUGAAAAACAAACUCUCCAUUUUCUACAAGCAAGAGAAAGAAAGAUAGAAAAACAGGUUUGUGAGAAAAGAGGGUCACUGACUUCCUUCCUUCUGUUCUUUCCCUUAGUAAAAGGCAAAAGAAUUAUGGGGCGCGGAAAGAUAGCCAUUAGGAGGAUUGAGAACCAGACAACAAGGCAAGUCACCUUCUCGAAGCGUCGAGCUGGGCUGUUGAAGAAGACUCAUGAACUUUCAGUGCUAUGUGAUGCUCAAAUCGGGCUCAUCAUCUUUUCCAGCACUGGAAAGUUGUGUCAGUACUGCAGCGAGGGUUUAAGGAUGGAGCAACUCAUAGAGAGGUACCAGAAGACGUCUGGAACUCGCAUUCCUGAGCACGAUAGCCGGGAACAACUAUUUGGAGAAUUGGCGAUGCUGAGGAACGAGACUCGCCGUCUUCAAUCUAACAUGCGCCGCUAUACAGGUGAAGAUACGAGCUCUAUUCCUUUCGAGGAGUUGGAUGAAUUAGAACAAGAACUUGAACGCUCGGUUAACAAGGUCCGAUAUCGCAAGAAUGAGCUCCUGCACCAGCAGCUGGAAAAUCUUCGCAGGAAGGAGCGUAUGUUGGAGGAGGAAAACAGCAAUAUGUACCGCUGGAUUCAGGAGCAUCGUGUAGCACUGGAAUAUCAGCAGGCAGCGAUGGAAGCAAAGCCUGUGGAACCUCAGCAAGUCCUGGAUCAAUUCCCAUUCUGUGGAGAACCCAGUAGUGUGCUGCAACUUUCAACCAUCUCUCAUCAAAUUGACCCAUACCAUCUUCAGCUUGCUCAACCCUGCCUUCAAGGUUCUAGUGUCUAGGUGAAAUUGUCAGGUUUGGAGAGCAGCUUCUCACAAGGAAGUGUUGGGCAUGGUACCUAUAAUAUUUUAAUUCGCCAUGUUUUUAAGACAGACUUAAUUUCUGCUUAAUAUUCCUUUGCAUGUUUGCGCUACUGUCUUAAGAUGCACUUUAUCUAGAAACUACGGUUUUAUUUUAUGAAGAACAGUGCUGUGUUUCAGAUCCAACUCUUUUUUCU